AUGGCAGAACUUAAAAAACUUUUAAGAAGGCAACAAAGCUUCAAAUCUUAUCUUGAAAGGUUAAAUAAUGAUAAUUGGGAUCAACAUUCUUCAGAAAUGAUAAAAGGUAUUAAAAGCAUGUUUGACAAUAGAUUCGCGGAGUACGAAAAGGUUAGGGCAGCCAUCCACGACUCGCUUGACGAGCAGGAUGAAGAUGUUUUAAUAGAUAAUCUUUACCUAAAGCUAACCAUUAAAUUCACGCAUCACAUAGACAAUUCAAAUAGUACACAAAAUAAUAGUAAAAAUUGUGUUAAUUCAGCCAUAAAAUUACCGAAUAUUCAAAUUCCAACUUUUGAUGAACAGAGUCUGCAAACUAAAGCAAAUAACCCGCAAUCUCCCGGGCCGUCUGCUGCGGUAUUACCUGCAUCACAAGUUUUGAAUGCUAAUAUAUAUAACACGUGCGCUCUUUUACCGACUAUUUGCUUAUUUGUCAAACAUAUUUCGGGGGAAAAAAUUCGUGUACGGUGCAUUCUAGAUACGGGUUCAGAAAUAAAUAUUAUUACCCAAAGGUUAGUGAAUUCUCUAGGUAUAAAAACCGUUCCAAGCUCCGUACAGCUGACUGGAGUUAAUGGCAUCAAUAUAAAUGGCGAUUCAAUAGCACGCGUAUCGAUUUCAAACGAGUCUUCUAGUUUUUCAAAACAGUUAUCGUUCGUCAUAUUAGAAAAAAUUACAAACCAAGUACCUUCGAAUUACAUAAAUCCGUCCCAGCUAAAUUUACCUGUAGAUGUUACUCUCUCGGACCCGCAGUUUUAUAUACCUGGCGAUAUCGAUAUGUUAAUCGGGGUCGGUUCAUUCUUUGAAAUCUUAAGGCACGAAAGCAUAUCGUUAGGACAUAAUUUGCCGGUUUUACAAAAUUCAGUGUUUGGGUGGUUUGUUUGCGGAUUAGCCUACCCGAACAAUGAAAACUUGUCAAAAUAUAAAAGAACGUUUAUUGUAAAUAAUCUUACAUUAAAUAAAGCAGUUUCGAGAUUUUGGGAGAUAGAAGAGAUUGAUCACGAGGAAAUUCCAAACUUAGACGAUAGGUUAUGCGAAGAGAAUUUUGUAAAUAACGUAACUAGAAAUAUAAAUGGUCGAUACACCGUAGCAUUACCAUUAAAACCAAAUGCUUCAACAGCUAUAGGCAAAUCAUUGCAACAAGCAAAGCGUAGAUUUUUACAUUUAGAAUCUCGCCUAAACAAAAAUGAGAAUUUGAAACGACAAUAUUGCGAUUUUAUUAAUGAAUAUAUUAAAUUAGGGCAUGCUUAUGAAGUUCCUAAUUUCGAACAAAAUAUUUCACAAAAUUCAUUUGCAUAUUACCUGCCCCACCACGCGGUUUUUAAAAAUGGGUGUGACAAAAUCCGAGUUGUCUUUGACGCGUCUGCGAAAACAUCAACAGGCAUUUCUCUGAAUGACGUUCUUUAUACAGGACAAAAAUUACAACAGGAUAUUUUUACUAUUUUACUGCGCUUUAGAUCGUAUAAUUAUGUAAUGACCCCGGAUAUUGUAAAAAUGUUUCGACAAAUUCGCGUCAAGGAAGAACAUCAAGAUUUGCAACGAAUUUUAUGGCGUGAAAAUGUUCAUGAUAAAAUUAAAUGUUUUAAUUUAUCUACAGUUACUUAUGGAACUGCUUGUGCGCCAUAUUUGGCUAUUCGUUGUCUGAACCAACUCGUAUUAGAUGAGGGAGAGAGCUUUCCUUUAGCUUCACGCGCUGUCCAACACGAUUGCUACGUCGAUGACAUUAUUUCGGGUGCAAAUUCAUUAGAAGAGGCAAUAAAGUUAAAGGAGGAACUAAUACAACUUUUUAAUCGUGGCAAUUUUCAAUUGCAUAAAUGGGCUGCUAAUAACAGUAGCAUUAUUGAUUCCGUUCCCUUACAAAAUCGCGAAACGAAUGCGUUCAAUUUAACCGAUAAUAAAAAUAUAAUUAAGGCUUUGGGUUUACUGUGGGACCCCAAGAGGGAUGUAUUUCAAAUAUCUUCAAAUGCUUCAAUUUCAUCAUCACAAAUAACAAAGCGCGCCAUUUUAUCAUCUAUUGCCAAAAUUUUCGAUCCUCUCGGUCUUAUUUCGCCUUGCGUAGUUGUAGCUAAAUUAAUAAUGCAAGAUAUAUGGCAACUAAAAACCGGUUGGGAUGAAGUUGUUGAUAGCACUAUUAUGAAACGUUGGUUCGAUUUUGAAAAUAAUAUAAUACACAUGCAAAAUAUAAUUAUUCCGCGUCCGGUAUUUGACUUAGACAAAAUUGAUCGGAUUGAAAUUCAUGGUUUUUGCGAUGCCUCCCUGAAAGCUUACGGAGCUUGUUUAUACAUUAAAACUAAUUAUCAUAAUAGGGAGCCUACAGUACGCUUAUUAUGUUCAAAAUCUAGAGUGUCACCGCUUAAAUCGAUAACCCUACCUCGACUUGAACUCUGCGCUGCACUAUUGUUAACAAGAUUAUACAAAAAUACCGUUAAGUCUUUGAAUUUCAAAGUAGAUAAUUAUUAUUUUUGGAGUGAUUCAAGUAUUACCUUGUGUUGGAUCAUCACGCGGCCAGAAAAAUUAAAACAGUUUGUAGGAAACAGAGUAGCGGAAAUACAAACUCUUAAUAAUAUAAUAUGGCGACAUGUACCGACAACGGACAAUCCGGCAGAUUUCAUUUCGCGCGGUAUUUACGGUCAUAAGUUAAUAAACAUGGACUUGUGGUGGUAUGGUCCAGCAUGGCUUAAAUUUGAAACUGACUCCUGGCCGUCAAUUUUUAAAGUAACGGAUAAUAUAAAUUUUGAAGUUCCCUAA